AUGUCAGUAAUGGUGGAGAGGCUGAAGGGCUCUGUGCAAAAGGCUGAACGCGAGGCUUUGGAGUGGAAAGCUGCAGCAGAGCAACGUGCACAAGAGGUGAAAGAAGUCCUCGUGGUCCAGGCGAAGAAAGACACCUCCGAACUCGUCAAGAAGAAGGAGGAAGUCACACAGGCCAAGAAGUCCACUGAUGAAGCCAUUAAGAAAUUGGAGGAUGCCAAGAAGCAGCUGGCAGAGGCUGGUGGAAAGGUCUCGGAAGCAGAGGCACGGGCCAGUGCAGCAGAAAAAGCAGCAGCCUCGGCGAAAGAUCGCGCAUCAGCAGCAGAACAAACGCUGGAAUCGGUCAAACAAACGGCUCGAUCAGAGGCUCAGCAAGAUGCUUCCAAGCUGGUGAAAACAGCUGAGCAGGAGCGGCAGAAAGUGCAAGCCGCACUAGAUGUGGCAAUGGCCGAGGCCAGAGAAUUGCGAGAGAGCCUGAAGCGAGAGUCUGAACAGGCAGAGACCCGGACCAAUUGCCUGGAGGCAGACCUGGAACAUCGAACGCAGGAGCUUCAACAAAAAGACCAGCUACUCGAUGAGGCCAAGGCCCAGCUGCAGCUCUUGAAACAAGAGUCAGAAGCCUCCGAGAAGAGGGUGCGAGAGGAGCUGCAAGAGCAAGUCGACUCGCUCCGUCACGAACAGGAGAAAGAGGCACGCGACCUGCAGACGCAACUUGCCGAGGCAAGGGCGAAAGGCGAUGAGUUCCGUCAGGAGUCUGAACGCAUCAUUGAAGAGGAGCGCCAGCGACACCAAGGUGAGAUUGCCACUCUGGAGGUCAUGAUGACCCACAAGGCUGCCCUUUGGAAUGACGAGAAGACACAGCUCUUGGUGGAUCAUGCAGCCACUGUGGACGCACAGCGUCAGGAAUUUGAGAAUCGCCUGAGCACUGUGAAGACAGAACUGGAGGAGCGCUUGGCUGACGUGGAGAGAGCGGCGGAAGAAGAGAGGCAUAUGAUGCAACAGCAUCUGGCUGAUGCUCAUGAGGAAGCCAGAGCCACCGAGGAAAAGUGGAAAGAAAUGAAGGAUCUGGCCUUUCCUUUGUCCCUGAAACAGGAGGAAGCUGUGAAAGAGGCUUGGGAAGGUGGUAAUGCGCAGCAGAGGCGUUUGGCUGCCGCGUUCAAAGCAGCACGGGAGAUCAACCACAUGAAGGAGUCGGAGAUGAAGGCCGAGCAUGAGAAUUUGUCCAAGCGCUUCGCCAGCCGCGAGAGCCGCGAGGAAGAUGUGAAGCAGAUCUCCGACCAGCGACGGCGCUUGCAGGAAGCGCAGAUGAUGAUGGUCAACAAAGAUCGUGACUUGAAGGAGAUUGCCUUGGAGCUUCAAAACCGAGAUGAGUGUGAUCGCAUCUUUGGCUCCGCAGAGAGGCGGAAACCAAAGCAGGCCGUCGGUAUGGGCCAAGCAGCGGUGGGAAAGAAGUUGGGUGUGGAAUCUCAGACACGUCGACACGCCGCAGAUGUGUUUCCGAUCCACUUUGGCAUCUUUGUGAUUCGAAGGAUCUUCGAAGCCUUUCCGCAUCCGCUUUCCUCUCGUGGCUCGACAGGCGAGGCAGCACAGUUUGGAGAUCGCGACAAGCGACGCACAGACCUUGGUCGAUCUCGGAGAUACCUUGGUGCGGUCGAAAGUUUCGUCAGACGAGACCGAGGUAAGCAGUACUGUACACGGCCAGAGACUCCCAACACUUACAAGGGCACACCGGUGCUUUUAGGCCAGACACAUUGA